AUGACAAGGAUGCAGCCUCUGAGCAAUCUCGUGGCACAACUUUGGUCAGCUGUUCUCCUGAUUCUGCACAUUCCGGGCUUGGCAACUCAAACAGAGGUGAUCCAUACCGCGCUUAUUGUUGUUCCACCUCUGUUCGACGAGAUUCAAGUGCUCACAAUGACAGAUGUGCUACGUCGUGCCGAAGUUCAGGUUAGUUUAGCCUCGAUGGUUCCCGGGAGCAUGGAAGUUCGCGGACAACAUGGUCUGAGCAUUGUAACUGAUAUCCAGUUGCCAAGCUCCACAGAGCCAACUAUGGACAUGAUACUGAUACCCUCAGGUGAUCACACGUACGAGUACAUGUCAGCGGACUCGGACCUCGGUGCGUUACUUCAGGCGUACGCAAGAGACCGGAAAUAUAUAGCAGCCAUGGGUACCGGUGUUGGGGUUUUGGCCAAUCGCAAAAUUUAUUCCGGUAGUCAAGUGACUGUUUAUCCCAGCUUGGAAUCGAUUGCAGCACAGAAUUUUCGAAUUUCAGGAGAGAAUGUGGUUAUCGAUGGCCCCCUGUUCACUGCACGUGCUUCGGUGAAUGCACUGGAGUUCGCGCUGAACACGGUAGAGCGACACGCUCCGCGCAACUCAAACGAGAGAUUGCAUUCAAACUGUAUGCUCAGAAGAAGCUUGAUCUCGGGGUUCGAGGCGGAGGAGGAGGUGCGAGACCAAUCAGAUCACACUGGAUUUUCUUGCUGA